AUGGACCAUGACACUGCAGCGACUACUCUGAUCCAGCUGAUCGAAGACUACCACGACUACAAUACAGGCGGGAUCUGCGAGUAUGCAUACCCCACAGCCGUCGAAUUCAGCAAGCAAGUCAGUCGAGGAAGACCAUGUGUAUAUAACGUGCGCAGGAGAAACGCUCAAGACGCCGAAGUUCCACGCCACAUGAAGGCGGCGUCAGACCUGGCGGAUGCCGAACGGAAGACGAUUCUGUCAUGCCAGGCUUUCUCAUGGACGGCACAGUCUCUAUGUGCGAAAGUUCCAGGUCAGGUGGAGGUUGCUGUGACGCCGGAUGGGCGGGCGGAUGCGCUUUACAGGCUGCCGUGUCGACGUCGAGGUCACGGCCAGGAUGGUCGGAUGAGUGGUGGCGAGCAGGACGAGAGCGAGCGUGAAGGCGAAGAGGAACGGGAACAAGUCUUCGUGCAGCCCGCCACAACGGACAUGAGUCUCUCAAGUCUCUUGGAGAUACUGCAGCCUUCGCCAUACGCUGAAGAGAAGACGCGAGAAAGCGAGACGCCGUCCACGAGCACGCCGGUCUACUAUCUCCAAUCGCAAAACAGUAAUCUCACCAGCACCCCUCUUACGCCACUACUUGAAGACCUCCCCUCGAAUCUGCCGUUCGCCAUACCGAUACUGGGCGAGCCCGAGGCGACCAACAUCUGGAUCGGCGACGAUCGAUCCGUGACCAGCACGCACCGAGAUCCCUACGAGAACCUGUACCUCGUGCUCCGCGGUACUAAGACCUUCACCCUAUAUGCACCGGUCGAGGAAAUGUGCUUACACUCGAAGAUGGUGAGGACUGGGAGACUUGUUCGGGAGAAGGCGAAACAGGGUCAGGAUGAUGAAUUCAGAAUUGAAAUGGACAGGUCCACGUCUUUUCCUGAUGAUGACAAUGAGUCUGGUGAGUCGGAGGGACGAGAUGGUCGCAUCCCUUGGAUUCCCAUAUCCCCAUUGUUGUCGCGAACAUAUCUGAAUAGUGUCUUUCCCUACUAUAAACAUGCAAGACCCCAGACUGUCAAGGUUGAAGCAGGACAGAUGUUGUACCUACCGUCAGGCUGGUUUCAUCACGUGAGGCAGGAUUGUGGGACUUGGGAUGAUGGAUCAAGAGCACCCUGUAUCGCGGUGAAUUAUUGGUUUGAUAUGGACUAUGAAGGAGAGAGAUUCGUCGUGAGGCAGAUGAUAGGGAAGUUAGCCGACACAGUAAGAGAUUCAAGCUGUUCAAGCUGGGGGAUUCAAAAUGGAGAUCAAACAUCGCAUUAA